UUAAUGAAAACCGUGACCACCAAUUUCUAAUGUCACAUUGACACUGACACGGUGCGAUGUUGUUAUUGCGGUUAUUAUUGCGACGUGAUGAAGCGUUACGAAUAUGAUUAUUAAGAUCAAUAAACACAAAUUCUAAAGUAUAAUACAGGUACGAAAGCUCAAUCGAGGUUGGUUAAUUCCGAGGUUUUUGUUGAGAGGCCUUUCUUUUCGACUAUCGCAGAGAAGACAUCUGCCAAUCUCCGAUCGAAUUCCUGAAAAAUGAAUAGUGGCGCAGUUUCAACAGAACGGAGCACUCGCUCCUCGAGGCUUCGAGGUGUAGACAGCAAUACCAAGAAAUUUUUAAGCGACUUUGAUCCUCAAAGGAGCGAAAGAGAAAAGAGAAAACUCAACAGACGUCUCUAUCCGAAUAGCAAAAAAUAUUCAGUGUAUGACGAAAGAGGCUUCAUGGUCAAAACCGGCUACAAUCUUUGCGACUGCUUACAACUAGAUUGUGCUGGUUGUCAUUUUCCUUGUGCUAAAUGCGGCUCCACCAAGUGCGGUCAUGAGUGCAGAAACUUUAGGAAAUGGACUUACGAUACGAUUGAAAACGAGGGCAGCGACGUCAUCAUAAAAAAUCCUAGUUUAAGACACUAGCAGAACGAAUAAAACAGUUUGUUUCCUCGUCCAAA